CGCCCCGCCCUUGCCCCCAGCUCCUCACUCCUUGGUCACUUCCUGGUUGCCGUUUCCUGCUUCCCAGAGGCCGGGAUCCGGAGCCGCCUGAGGCCGACAUGUCCUUCCGUAAAGUGGUUCGGCAGAGCAAAUUCCGGCAUGUGUUCGGGCAGCCAGUCAAGAAUGACCAGUGCUAUGAGGACAUCCGGGUGUCUCGCGUCACCUGGGACAGCACCUUCUGCGCAGUCAACCCCAAGUUCCUGGCGGUGAUUGUGGAGGCCAGCGGCGGGGGCGCCUUCCUGGUGCUCCCCCUAAGCAAGACGGGCCGUAUUGACAAGGGCUACCCGACAGUGUGUGGACACACGGGACCUGUCCUGGACAUUGACUGGUGUCCCCACAACGAUGAGGUCAUCGCCAGCGGCUCAGAGGACUGCACAGUCAUGGUGUGGCAGAUCCCAGAGAAUGGACUGGCCUCACCACUGACAGAGCCAGUGGUGGUGCUGGAGGGGCACACUAAGCGAGUGGGCAUUGUCACCUGGCACCCGACAGCCCGCAAUGUGCUGCUCAGCGCAGGCUGUGACAAUGUGGUGCUCAUCUGGAAUGUGGGCACGGCAGAGGAGCUGUACCGCCUAGACAGCCUGCACCCCGACCUCAUCUACAAUGUCAGCUGGAACUACAACGGCAGCCUCUUCUGCUCUGCAUGCAAAGACAAGAGCGUGCGCAUCAUUGAUCCCCGCCGAGGCACUCUGGUGGCAGAGCGGGAGAAGGCUCAUGAGGGGGCCCGGCCCAUGCGGGCCAUCUUCCUGGCAGAUGGCAAGGUGUUCACCACAGGCUUCAGCCGCAUGAGCGAGCGGCAGCUGGCACUCUGGGACCUGAAAAACCUUGAGGAACCCAUGGCCCUGCAGGAGUUGGACUCAAGCAACGGGGCCCUGCUGCCCUUCUACGACCCCGACACCAAUGUGGUCUAUGUCUGUGGCAAGGGGGACUCCAGCGUCCGGUACUUUGAGAUCACAGAUGAGCCUCCUUACAUCCACUUCCUGAACACAUUCACCAGCAAAGAGCCCCAGAGGGGCAUGGGCAGCAUGCCCAAGAGGGGCUUGGAGGUCAGCAAGUGCGAGAUCGCCCGGUUCUACAAACUGCAUGAGCGCAAGUGUGAGCCCAUCGUCAUGACUGUGCCAAGAAAGUCGGACCUCUUCCAGGAUGAUCUGUACCCUGACACAGCCGGGCCUGAGGCAGCCCUGGAAGCAGAGGAUUGGGUGAGCGGGCGGGACGCCAACCCCAUCCUCAUCUCCCUGCGGGAGGCCUACGUACCCAGCAAACAGCGGGACCUGAAAGUCAGCCGGCGCAACGUGUUAUCUGACAGUCGGCCUGCUGUGGCCCCUGGCUCAGCUCGUCCAGGGGCCUCCACGUCUGCUGCCCCCAUCAGUGUGACUGUCCCUAGCAGCAGCCUCGCUGGGGUCGGGGAGGCUGGGAAGCUGGAGGAGGUGAUGCAGGAACUGCGGGCAUUGAGCACCCUGGUCAAGGAGCAGGGGGAGCGCAUUGGCCGCCUGGAGGAGCAGCUCAGCCGCAUGGAGAAUGGGGAUGCAUAGGGCCCAGGCUGGGAGGAUGCCACCCCCUCACCUCCUUCACCACCCUCUUCCACUCAACCUCUGCUGGCAGGUCCCACCACUGGCUGGCUGCCCCUUCCCCUGCUGAGGGCCCCUAGGGCAGGGUCAGGGGCCCAUCCACACCCUGACCCAUCCUGUGAGCCCAGGCUGGAGCCACUGCCUGGCUUUUGUUAUUGUAACUAUGGAGGAUUUUUGUAUCAAGACAAACUUACACUGUGAGGGGCCAUUUCCCCCCAGCCCCCUUCUCCCUCCCCGGAGGAAAUGGGAGGGAUAGGCUCUAUAUUUUCAUUCCAAAUAAACUUCUCUUUCUAAAA